CGAGUUCCGACCACAGUUCACUGCGGCCUCGCAAGCCGUUCGCACGACGCGGGGCUUCGUCCUGUCAGCUCGCGCGGAUCUCGCCUCCUCUCGACGGGUCGCUACCGCGAUGUAAACAAAACGUAAUCCCGCACGGCAGGACAAAGUCGAGAAACGGGAACGCCAGGUAAACCCGCGAUUCCCUGUGCGCGCCGAUCCCCAGUCGGAAGAGGGUCGCGCUCCGGAUCGAUCCGUAACAAGUCUCUCGAACCGGAGUCGUUAGCGGCACGUGGCUCCCGCGAUCAUUCCCGGCGGCAAUCAUCCCCGAAACCCGCCGAUCGUCGCCGCGUCCCCGAGCCACCCCCGCGAGCCGGCUCCCGUCCAUGCCCUGAUUGAUGGACAGGCCCCCCCUCGAUGUUCCCCGAUCCCGCCGCCCGGCCGUUCAACCCCGACUUCCCGAAGAUUUCGGCGAAGUCUCGACGGGGGUGGUGUUGGUGAGGCGGUCCCCGGGAUACGUGGCACAGUUUAGGCGAUCCCGCGGAGAAUAGGGAUCACGGCGGACUCUCCAUUGGCCAUCUCGCCGAUGCGCUUUGGCCGCGGCUGCAUGCCGAAUAAGCUGCCUGUUUAUCCGGUCCUGGUGUCCCGCGAUCGCUGAUUCGGGAAACACCCUCCGAACAGAUCCUCCUCCAGAGAGAUCGACCACUGUUCGUCCCGCUGCUCGAUCGAACACCCGGAAGUCUGCGGUGAGAGAGAAAGAGAGACGUCUGUUUGAACGGUGAACGGCACUUUGGGACCCGCGAGUGCCAAUUAAUGGAGACUUCGUGAAGCACGUCUCUCAUGAAAUGCGACGAGUGUUGAACUGGUUCGAGCUAACGCGUUUCAGCUGCCGCGGGAAGUGUCGCGUUCGGGGUUUGUCAAGGUUGUGAAGGGUAGUCGGUUUCGAACUUGCUGGCGAGGUUUCAGCGGAACUGCUUCCGCCGCCGGUGUUGAGUGAGCUCCGAUGUUUUUCGGCGAUGAUGAAGCAAGGGAAGGGGUGACCGAUUAGUUUCCGGGGGGUUGAUUCCGAGGUGGUACCGCGGGUAAUCCAGGGGCGAGGAUCUCGAGGUCGAGCUGGUGGCCGGCUGUUUCGGCUGUCGCGGGAUAUACCGAAUUUAAUUGCCGAUAAUAAGAGUCGGCGGUGUUGAAAUCGUUGCAGUCGGGAAUGCUUCUUCAGCCGCCCGCGUGAAUGUUCGAACCUGUUCUCUCGGGUCUAACGUCGGCCGGAGUUCCUGCAGGAUAUUCGAGCGUUAAUUCCGGAUGCUGGAGAUAUAUUUCGCGAGUGACGAUCCGACGGCGUUUACUGGGCGACCAUCCGGGAAUCGCCGCACCUGUGGAACUCUCAGGCGGGCACGAUGUACAAAAAGUGCUGUGGAACGCAGAGCCGGUGGUCCCGGCGUCGCGCACAGAUGAAAAUCGAACUGGCGAGAGCACCACCUGGAAUCCAGCCAAAGGGAGCUUCGCGGGGCGGCCAUCUUGCUGUGGACCGGUAUAGAUCAACGUCGGCCACCGUGCGCUAGGCUCCUUCGAUAAACACUGCAUCCGAUUGUGCCCGGUGCACGUGUCCGGGUCCCUGAAAAUGUCCACGCGACUCGAUCGAGCGGUGAAGCUUUCGCCGGGAUCCGGGUCGCUUCUAUCCAUCCACCGUGGCCAGAGGUCGGCUAUCGUCGGGCGAACGCAUUGAAUCUCGAUCCUGAGUCCUCGAUGGGCUGGCAGGACAGCUUGAAUCGCGUCGGGGACGUAUCCGGCGUGGCACAGGGCGAGGAAGAGUCCCGACGAUCGCGGUAACGGGAUCAAGCGCGAGCCAAAGAGGGACUUGCGGUCCAGCCAAGAUGGAGGUGAACGGAACAAUGGACGAGGAGACCGGGAACGCGACCGAGUUCUCGAACAUAUCGACCGUUCUGAUCGACACCGGCCAGGAGAACCGGACCAGCAGCUACGACCAGGGUCACGAGUUCGAGCAGGUCCUGCUGCUGAUACUCAAAGCCACCGUGAUGGGCUUCAUCAUCCUCAGCGCCCUGUUCGGCAACCUCCUGGUGAUCGUAUCCGUGAUGAGGCACCGGAAGCUCCGCGUGAUCACCAACUACUUCGUGGUCUCGCUGGCCCUCGCCGACAUGCUGGUCGCGAUCUUCGCGAUGACCUUCAACGCCUCGGUCGAGCUGUCCGGCCGAUGGCUCUUCGGCUACUUCAUGUGCGACGUCUGGAACUCGUUGGACGUGUUCUUCAGCACGGUCUCCAUCCUGCAUCUGUGUUGCAUCAGCGUCGACCGUUAUUACGCGAUCGUACAGCCGCUGGACUAUCCGCUGAUCAUGACUAACAUUAGGCUGAGCACGAUGCUCAGCGUGGUGUGGUGCUCGCCGACCGUGAUGAGCUUCCUGCCGAUCUUCGUCGGAUGGUACACCACCGAGGAGCACCUACAGUUCCGCAGGAACUACCCGGACGUGUGUGUGUUCCAAGUGAACAAACCGUACGCCGUGAUCAGCUCCAGUGUCAGUUUCUGGGUGCCCGGCAUCAUCAUGAUCGCCAUGUACUACAAGAUCUACCGCGAGGCGGACCGACAGGAGCGCAUGCUUUACCGGAGCAAAGUGGCGGCGGCGCUUUUGAACAAACAUCUGCAGAUCAACGGCAUUUCCGCCGGUCUGACGUCGCUGCCGACGGUGGAUCAAUCCUCGCCGGAUCCACAGCCGGAGGAUCCACCGAUCGCCAGCAGCAGCAAAAUGAGGAGGGAACGAAAGGCUGCCAGGACCCUGGGAAUCAUCAUGUCGGCGUUUCUGGCUUGUUGGCUCCCCUUCUUCCUUUGGUACAUCAUCACGUCUCUCUGCGACACCUGCGAGAGCAGCGACGCGGUGGUAGCAGUGGUCUUCUGGGUCGGCUACUUCAACAGCGCGUUGAACCCGCUGAUCUACGCCUACUUCAACCGGGACUUUCGAGCGGCCUUCAAGAAGACCUUGGAAAGCUGUUGCGUGGCGAUAGGGCCUGUCCGUGACCUGCACCAGGUGCACAGGAAGCAGGACCUGGUGCACAGCAACGCAUCCUCGGAGCUGCACGUGAACAACCAGCUGAGGGCCAGCGAGAUGACGAACGUGCACAUCGAGGCUUGCAUCUGAAUCUCCGCUGGCCUAACGUUAAAACGCAGACGCUGGCGUCUUCUAUCAAUCGGGACAAUCGUCGAACUAACACUGUUCUGUUUUCGUUCGUGUGAUCGCGUGUUGGAGAAAGUGAGAAAAAGAGUGAGUGAGUGAGUGAGUGAGUGAGAUAGAAAGAGAGAAAA